AUGGGCUCGAGUGUUGUCCUGUUGUACGGUGUAGCCUGGAUGGUUCUGCACAAACUGUGCCACACGUGGCUGCAAGAUGGUGGCUACGUAGUUGGCGCCAUUCUAUGCUGUCGGAGCAUGUACCAGUGCCGUCCUGUGGUCUGUUGUGAUUCCGCCCCAGACCAUCACCUGCCCAUAUCCCCGGUCAGGGAUUUUAUGUACACACUGAGACGGUACGAACUGAGGGUUGAUAUCUCAUUCAACGGACAGGACUAUUAUGCUAACUACGAUAACUUCACUCUCUUUGGAGAAGCGGAAAACUACAGAAUCCGGGUAUCAGGAUAUUCGGGUAAUUCAUCUAAUGGACUCUCCUACCACAAUGACCAGCCUUUCACAACCAAAGACCGCGACAACGAUGCGAAAAGUUCGGACAACUGCGCCGUAGAGUACCACGGUGCUUGGUGGUACAAGACCUGCCACAACUCCAACCUCAACGGCAAAUGGGGAAGUCAGGAAUACGGAGAGGGCUUGGUAUGGGGCACCACCACCGGCCAGUACGAUUCGGCGACUUUUACUGAAAUGAAGAUCCGACCCCUUGAUUGA